AUGGCCGAAGAAGAGUCUGAAGGAGACGUGCUGGAUUUCACAGGGUUUGGAUUGGACACUAUUGAAGUGCCAGCACAUGCAUCACCAAUUGGACUAAUUUAUGAUGAGAAUAACAUCACAACGAUAGAGAACAUUGAGCGCUGUAGAGAAUUGCAGCAGUUGUCUCUGGCAUCUAACAAAAUUGUCCGAAUGGUGGGAGUGAGCAGUUUACUUGAUCUGAGCAUACUGAAUCUUGCUAACAACAGUAUAGUACACAUUGAAGGUUUAGACAAUCUGACGGAACUCACCUGGCUUGAUCUAUCUGGUAACAAGAUCAAGACGAUUGAAAAUCUGUCCUGCAAUGUCAAUCUUCGUCAUCUGGACCUGUCUGACAACAACAUUUCAGCAAUUGGUGAUUUAUCUGCCCUUGUUCAGUUAAAGACUCUGUUGUUGCAUGAGAACCUGGUGUCUUCACUAAAACCUGUCCCUACUCACCUCUCGCCAUCCAUCAAUGUGUUGUCUUUGGAGAGUAACAAUAUUUAUGAUCUGUACGAGAUUUGCCAUUUGUCUGGCUUGAUGAAGCUACAGCAGUUAUCCCUGGCUAAUAACCCGUGUGUUGACAUGACAGGAGGAACACAAUAUCCUUUAACUAGAAUUACACUCGUUCAAGUGCACUCUCCUGGACCAAACAGGCCAUGCUUCACGAAAACUUUGAUUAACAUCCUUAACACAGUAACAGGAUUUGAUUACCGGCCAUUUGUUGUGAACUGGUGCUUCUCACUCCAACUUCUGGACGGAUAUGUUAUAUCUGAGAAAGAAAGACUUCAGGCUGAAUGGUUGUACAGUCAGGGUGAAGGCCAUCACUUCAGUGUGGGAGAACACGACAGACUGGUCGACUACCUCGCCUUGGUGUGCCCUCUCACAGCUUCAGACCAGCUGAAGACGCAGGAGGACGCGAAGCUGAGUCGGAUAUUGGCCAAACAGCAAUAUCACCAUCGACAGCUGGAGCUGGAGACGCGCGUCACUCAGUCGCCCAACAUUACCGUGUCGGACGAUGGACAAAUUGAACAUAAAGUAGAAUGCCCUCAUAAUACUCCUGACCCGAGAAACCACUCGGAAUGGGGACCUGUGAAAGCAUGGACUAGUGGCAUUGCUACUGAAGUGAGUGGUCCUCAAGAAGUCGGAACUACAAGGUGUGCUUACAAUGCCAAUGAUCUCACCCUGCAAGACGUCUCAGCUGAUGAUUUUGAUCGUAGAAGCAGUAUAAGUUUACUGGAUUCAGAAUCCGUGUACUUGCCAGUUGAAAAAUUCCCCCAGAAUCCUCAGCGACCCAGUACCACGUCGGCACUAACCACCGAUUCACCAUCUUCUUUCCUUCAAGACGCCACCCGACCUGACACCGCCAUCGGAAUCCCCAGCGAGACCAAAUAUGAGGCCUACGACCGGAGGAUGAUCCGGCCUCUGAACCAGGAGAUUCUCAAAGGAACCGUCAAACCAAAUUUCGAGUACUCCCCUCCACAGACCUCUGGCACCGGCCCCUUGAAACGAACCCGGAAACAGACUCCCCCCACCGCGCAGGGUCAGGAUUAUGACACGAGCAUGGACAACAGUGUCUGCGAUGAAAGCAGUGUCGACUCGAACGCAGACAAAGUGCCUCCUCGUGCCGUCAGUUUAAUAAGAGACAUCGCUGGUGCAAGGAAGGCCCAGAAAACAAUCGAGGAGCGUAAGGCUCUGUUGUUUCAGAAAGUAGACAAGAGUAAGAGUGACGCGAUUGCCAGGAGCGAUUCGCCGUCCUCUUCCUCGAAGAGUAACAUUCCCGUUCUCAUCAACGGCGUGAAUAAAGCUGAGUUCACGUCUCAGCGGUUCUUGAGGCAUAAAAACAGUGACACGAAGAGCAUGAAAAGUCGGAUAAACCAUGAGAAGGUGGAGGAGAUGGGCAAGCUGGGGGGUGUGGUGUGCAAUAACAGUGUCAGAGAUUCAGGCUUUUUGUCCAGGCCAUGCAGCGACGCUGUGUUGGCAGAUGCCACUAUGGAUGAAAACAAGGCAGCAGUGACAAUUCAGUCGUUGUGGCGUGGGCAUUUUGCCAGACAGCACGAUGCAGAGGUUGUGUCUAUCCGGAAAGAAAUCCGCGCUCGCCGUGCUGAAGACCACAUUGUGAUGCUGAAGGCUGAACUAGAACAACAAAGACAGCAGUAUGCUGAAGAAAAGAAAUUACGCACUCUGCAGAUGGAGGCAAUUAAAACUCUAUGGCAAGAGGUUCAGUCACUACAGAGCUGGAAGAACGAAGUCCUUGCUUCGCAAUCGUUUCAGCUGAGCCAGGAUUCGAACCGACUGUCGUGUUCCUCGAACCAGAGACUCCACAGCAGCCAGCACUCAUCGUCCAGCUACGAGAAGUCUGACACCAACGACAGACUGAGUGACUGUACGAUGAGGUCCGCGUUCAGCCCCAUCGAUGUGGAGAGACAGAGAGACCUGGAGAAAACAUGCGCCAGUUUGCAAGCCCAGGUGUUGCAGUUGCAGAAAGCCUUCGAGUCCUUGCCAAACAAUGUAUUCAGCACAAGCAGUAUUAAUCUCAAUACCAAUGCAGUUUCAGAUGUCACUGAUUCUUUGCGAAUCACUUGCAACGUUGAUGAAGAAUUUGACCAGUCUAGUCAUCUUGGUUCUCUUUAUUCAGGAAGAUGGAGCAUAGUUCCACAUUCUCUGUCUCCCUACCCUUCUGAAGAGGAAGAAAACUAUUUCUGCCAAAUACGCCAGUUCGGUGUCGCCACCCCACCACGGUCGCUCAAAUUACAACACAAGGGAGAGAAUUCUGUCAUACUAACAUGGACCUCUUCAAAACUGGUUGAUGAAAAUGGGAAGGAUGCACAGAGCAGUAUUAUUGGUUAUCGAGUAUACAUCAAUGAUCAGUGCAAGGCCUUGGUGCCCAACAACCAACUGUCAGUGGCUGCUAUAGGACUCGACUCCCAGACAACCUACAAGUUUUAUAUUAAGGCACUGUCUGCUCUCGGGGAAUCAUACGAAUCCAAUAUCAUAAUGGCCAAGCUGGCGAAGGUGGGUCCCACCCCCCAGAUACGCCCCGCCCCCAGCAGUGACAGUGACCUGCCUGACGACAGUGACAAGGACCACGACUCAACAGAAACCAUGGACAGAAAGCAGCACCGGAAACGAGAGAAUCGGAAAACACGUCGGGUCAAGUCACCCCGGUCCGAGAAACAGAAGCUGAGAUCACGGUCGGAAAACACCAGUGCUCUUUCUGUCGCCCCGUCUUCGGAACACAACAUACCAGUCUCGGAACACUACCGACCAACUUCCGAACAGUACAGAACAACCAUGGAACAGUACGGACCAACCACGGAACAGUACAGACUGACAACGGAACAUUACAGACCGUCCUCAGAACAGUACAGAACGACAUCUGAACACUACAGACAAAGAUCUGCUAAAAUAGACCCAGAGGCUGCGGAGGCAAUAUUUGUGCAUCCAAAGUUGCAUUUACACAGAGGAAGUCGCUACCAGUGUGACAACAGCAUUUCUUCAAGGAGCGAAGCCGGUGUAACGACCACGGCUUCGGACAGUCAUAGGAUUCCUUCAUCGUCGUCACAGUCUAGUGUGUCGUGUUCCCCCGUGAAAACUGCCAGCAAUGCAAGUGUUAGUGACUCUUCGGUAACCUCUUCAGGACCUGGUGCUGGGGAGAAGCCAGGUUCAGUAAACGUAGACGAAACCAAAAGAACAUUCAUCGGAAUGUCAGAGACCUACACGUUGGAACAGAGUUCGUUCUUUCAGAGUAACUUGCAAAACAUCACCAACAAAAUUGUCGAACAGACAACCUCACAGCUGAGGGAAUCUCACGAGAAGGCUCACAAGCGAAGCAGAAGUAAAGACCGUCCUAGAAAAACGUCCGAAUGCACAAGCGGGAGUUCUGAGAAGAUAAACGAGAUGGACAUCGUUGAUGAUUCCAGCUUGAAGGAUCCUCAGAACCAGCUGAGCAGAAGUCCGGUACCAGAACGGAAAGAUUCCUCGGGCCGAGGGUCAGACGGUUCGGGUAGUGAGUCUCACCGUGAAGGCAGACAUCACGGACACCAGCGCAAGAGAAGCAAAGAUCUCAACAUUCGCUUUGAUGAAAGUUCGUCUUCGACGGUCGAUCCAAAUUUUGUGAAAGAUGGAGAAAGUUCAGUUGUCAGCAAGCCCGUUCUCGACGGUAGAAAAAGACACUCAUCUGGGAGUCGUCCCAACAGCCCCAUGGUGCCAGAUUCCUUUGAUACAGAGUCUUCGACCACUGUUGAGAAAAGGAGAAUAAAUGUCGCGGACGCGUUGGAGCAGAGAUUGCAGAAUAUUAAAAAAUCCAGUUCUUUCAGUGCGUCGGAUUCCGUGUCGAAUCAUCCCACCAAACACAGGCAGCUUCCCGUCCCUAACGUCUUACUGGACGAUGGCACAUCAGAGUCUGUGAGAUCAUCCCACAGACACCAUUCCUCGGGAUCCGAAGGCGACAUCCCUCUUGCCGUGGUGAGCAGUUCCAAGCAGGACUCUCGCAGUCUGGGAACCAAGCUGCUACAGAAGCUGGAGGCGUUCACCAAAUCCCAGGAGAAGUCCGUGCGAGAAGGGAAGAGAAAGAAGAGGCUGUCUGACGGCGAGAAGUCGUCCAAGCUGCCAUCGGAUGAUGAGAAGAGUUGCUCGUCACGAGAGCGUCGGAUCAGCGACAGCGACGGAGAUCAGUCGUCGGACGUCAGUGGAGUCCCGCCGCGAGCCCCGUCACGGUCGGAUGGGUCGUCGGGGAGUCACUCGGACGAAGGUCGGUCGUCGCGGACACGAAGAACACACAGGAGAACGCCAUCAGGGGGCGCUAUCAUCCCGAACAUCGUCAGCGACCUGGAGGGUCGUCCCACACACAGUCCCAUCAUCAUGGAAGGAGGAGCGUUCAAGAAGUCUAGCACCAGUGUGCGACGUCACGCAUCGUUUCACGGCCUGCUGCCGUCAAAACACCAAGACAGCAAACUAGGAACCUCGCCCUCUGACGAGCUUUUGAAACCAGAAGAACAUGGUGGUCACGGUGCUUCUAAUCAGGAAGCUCUGACCAAGUCUCAGCGUAGACUGCGCUCUAGAACACCCAGCCCUAGUCCUGCCACACACCAGCCUGUGAUCUCUGCCUCUAAUCUUCAGAAGUCAAAGACCUCUCCAUCUUAGUAUCAUACCAGUCAGCAGCUUGUGAUCUUUGUCUUGUCACAUUCAGAAGUCAGACCUCACCUUCUUAGUGUGAUACCAACCAACAGCUUGUGAUUUCUGUCUGUCACAUUCAGAAAUCAAAGAUGGCACCUUCCUAGUAUCAUACCAGCCAACAGCUUGUGAUCUCUGUCAAUCACAUUCAGAAGUCAAAGAACUCACCUUCUUUGUGUGAUACCCACUAAAAACUUUUGAUCUAUGUCUGUCACAUUCAGAAAUCAAAAACCUUAUCUUUCUAGUGAUACCAAUCACCAAUCUUGGCUGCAUUCAGACAGACAGUGUAAAAAUGUGAGUUGAAUUAGUAUAGACACUUCACGUUAAAUGGAAUAACAACAUGGGAAGCAAUCAAAUAAUUUGUGACUGUUAGCAUCACACUAUGUCACUGUAUACAGCAUUGAUCUCUCUUUUACUGCUUCAUAUUGUGAUAUACAAACCAUCAGCCUUUAAUUUCUAACACCUUCGGAAAAAACGUCAUCACUCUCUUAGUGUGAUCACAGGGCCGUGUUCAGCCAGACAGAGCAGAAAAACGUUCACUAGACUGGUUCAAGUGCCUCAUAUUAAACUGAAUGACUACCACAGGAACCAGUCAAAUAGUUUGAAAAUGUUAAUAUCGCUCACUGUUGCUACCAGUCUAUGAUUUCUGCCUUGCAGUUUCAAGACAUUGUGAUGCCCCAGAGGUUGGUCAACUCGCCUUACACUGUCUAGUCAACUCAUAUCAUUACCAUUUUAUUAAUUAAUAUACCAAUAUUUUAAAGAUAAUGUGCAUUAAAUAUUAUUGAAUAUGCACACCAGUCGGGAGUCCAAAAGCCUUGCCUGAUCAUUGCUUUUAGGAAAUGGGGACAAACUCGCAAACGUCGUUAAAAUAAGUUUGACAGUUUAUUUAAUAGAUUAUUAUUUAUCUGAUAUUAGGAUCUCACCAAUAUAAAACCAUGUAAUAAAUGGUUGUAAUAGUGGAGUUUCACUCUAAUAUUAAUAAAUAAAAUGACACCAAAAUUAUAGACGGUUUUGGGGAGAGUUGACCAGCAUUCAUUGCAACCACUAGUCUAUGAUGUGUGUCACAGCUUCAUCACACUGAUUUACAACCACCAGAUUGUGAUCUUGUGAUCAUGAAACAUCAGUGACAUCACAGUCUUAGUGUAAUAUUUCAAUCAUCAGUCUUUGUUUUCUGCCUCAUCUGUUUGGUGUAAGACACAGAGAUGGAAAAAAAUAUAUAUAUUGCUUUUUUCCAUAAUUCCAGUUUUCAGUGCUAUCACUGAUAAUUGUUUUAACCAUGUACUUGAUUGCAAUAUGACACUUCCAUAGUGGUAAAACCGGGUACAUUUCUUAGUCUAUCCAUCAGUUCUGUCAUGAAAUAGACAAAGAUGUUUUUAUCGCAUUUUGUAAUAAAUGUGCAUGGGACUAAAUGGAUUCAUGAAUUUAUAAUUUUUGACCAGAAAAUGUGUGGUCUUUGAGGGAUCUCAUACUUGCUACAUUGUUGGUUGUAAAUACUGUCAUUCUCAUGGUAAUAAACACAUUUAUUAUCCACAUAGUUCAAGAUAUUCAGGGAAAUAUAAUCAGUAUGACCCACAUGUGUCAUGUUUUCGUGUGCACCAUGAAUGAUGUAAUUUUGUGAAGCGAUGUCAUAAUUUAAUGUGGCUUCUUCAGUGUUAAACGCUUAUAAAAAAUGACGUUAUUUCGGAAAAUGACGUUGUUUCGUCAUCUCUUUUUAGUUGCAUUUAAAACAUUUUGACAUGGUACUAGCUUGUUAUUCAUAAAAAUAAUAUUUUGGAUAAUGUGGAUAAUAAAGAAAUUAUUACACUCGCGUGUGAAUCGUACUGAUUUUACAAAACUCAUGCCAGGAUUCAUGUAUUACCCUCGCUCUCACUCGGGUAAUACAAUAAUCCUGAUACUUGUUUCGUAAAAUCAGUACAACACAAGCUCGUAUAAUAAUCUCUAUGUAAUACAUACAGUACCAUCCUGCAGUUAUUUGUAGUCCUGUAAUAUAAAACAUUGAUGCUUGUGUUGUAUUGUGAAUAGUGAAAACAUGGCAAGAAUGAUUAAUAUUCUAGUAAUUUAGUCUGUGACAAAACUAAUUUUAUGUGUACAGUGUUAAGAAACAUACUCAGUGUAAAUUGUUCGGUGAAGAUAGUUAAUUCACCUUGCAAAUCUUCAACAUCAACUGUGUUUGUUGUAUCUUUAUAUCAACCAGUAUGAAAUAUAUAUCAACAGUUAAGUAUUUCUCGACCAGUUUAUUUUCAAAUCAGGAGGUGACUUCUUAGAGGUGUCUUUUGGACAGAACUGAAAGUAAAGUUCGUUUACAGUAAUUAAUUCAAACAGGCAACUUGUGGGAAAUAUAAUUGUCUGAUAUAAUUUGACAGUUCUUCAUUCUGUGAGAUAUGAAGAGGCACAUGUAUACUUGAAUGGUAUGCAUCUAAACUCAAUAUGAAAUAUGAACAUAUUCUUGGAUGAUAUUGUGCCGGCAAAAUUAGUAUUAGUUUGUACUCCAUUUACCGUAGUACAAAUCAAAUUACUAGAAUAUUAGGUGUUAUCAAUUGUAAUCAGAUCAACAAUGAAUAAUAAUAGACUUAAAAAAGCAUUUUCUUACUCCUUUGAGUACAAAUGGCAUUUUAUUUAUCUUUUGUAUUAAAAGCAUUUAUUUUGUUUUAAUGAAAGUUGCACAGUUUCUUGAAUGAAAUUGUUAGUUCACGUACAAAAUUGUUCGUGUAAUCAGGUAUUUGUUAUUUUGUAAACUGCACUGUAGAGGCUUUCUGUAAAACUGAAUUCUUAAAUUUUGGUUACAAAUAAAAAGAAUUAAGUUUUUGCAAACAAAUUAUUUUAUGUAAUCGUAUACAUAAAGAUGUAUAUGUAAGUAUGUAUUUACUCCGACAUAUACAUGCACACACGCACAUGCGCGUGCACACACACACACACACACGUGCACACAAGCAGGUAGAAACUAUGUCAAUCGCCAGUUACUACAUGUAGAUGGGUUUGUUUUGUUGGGGUUUUUUUGUUUUAUCUCAGUGUCCAACACCAGAGGUAAAAAAAGAAAGAAAAGAAGUACAAAUGUUAUUGUGAUGUUGAUUCAGUACUUUCAAAUUGUCACUUUUUGUCGCCUUUAAAAAUAAAAUAAAAUAAUAAAGUAAAAUUAAAACUUCAAAUAUUCAAGUUAAAACUUAUAAAAAGAGUAUCAUUAUACUGAUGAAUUCCAUCUGUAAUUUUAGUAACUCUGAAGACUUUGUUAAUUAAAAACAAAAAUUCUGCCUUCAUCAAUACAUUAUGAGUUUAAAAAGCCAGAAUGAGAUACUCAUUUGAAAAGGGCACAAUGUUUUAUUUGCGUAUUUUAAAAGUUGAUUUUGGUUGUAAAUGUUGUGCAGUUUUUGUCCUUGUUAACAUCAGCUCCAAGUUCAGCCAGCAAACGUUUCGCUAACAUUCGCUAUUAGAAUUGGUUUGUGAAGUGGUAAUUCGGUUUACUGUGUAGUGUAAAAAUCAGUCCAGCGAACACUGGCGACAAGCGGUUGACUGAACUUAUGCCAGAUAAGCGAUGAAUCUUGUUUUUGAAAAGUUACGUUAUAUCAAGUUACGUUUUAUCUGGUAAAAUAUAUCAAAUGUUUCCCUCCCCCCUCCCCCCCCCCCCCCCCCAAGUCAUUUUGUGGAGACCGAUAUAUUGUUUUGAUUCUGACUAUGCUGUUUUGUUUUCUAAUGCUUUUUCUGUGAUACCUGAAUGUAGUUGUGCACUACCAGUUCAUACAACAGCUUUAUUAGCUCUGUGAUACUGUUGAAUAUUUAUGUUUGUUAUAUAUUUAUUUAACUGUCAUAGACUUUUUGUAACAAUCCUUAACAGUUUUCAGAAUAUUGGGAGGUAAAAUCCGGUUCAGGUUGCAUGUAUUUCAAACAUUAGGACACCCAUAAAUAAAUAAUAUUUACAGUUAAAGUUAGUUUUGUUUAACGACACCACUAGAGAACAUUGAUUCAUUAAUCAUCGACUAUAGGAUGUCAAACAUUUGGUUAUUGUUUACCUGUAGUCCACACAGGAUAGUACAUACCACAGCCAUUAAUAUACCAGUUGUGGGGCACUGGUUCGGACAUGACAAAAUCAAAGAAUGGGGGCUCCACCGAGAUGAUUCGAUCCUAUGAUGCAAGCACCUCAGGCAAGUGCUCUACCAAUUGGGCUAGAAUGGAAAUGUUUUAUUUAACGAUGCACUCAACACAUUUUAUUUAGACAUAUGGUUAAGGACCACA